CUCUCUCUCUCUCUCUCUCUCUCUCAACUUCUUGUUACUAAUAAAUAAACUUUCAUUUCAACCCUCUCUCACUCACAUUCAACACAAGUUACACAACACAACACAACAAACAAACUUCUCUUUCAUUUCUAACUAACUUCCUUCAUGCAACCUUGCAGCAGAGAAAUGCAAUCCCUCAACUCCCUCUUCAACUCUUCUUCUUCUUCCGAAAUUCCAAUUCCACAACUCCAAAAUCACUCACAGAUCCAAAUCAACAACAACAACGACGCAUUCCAUAACGACGAUUUUCUCAAACAAAUGCUCUCCAAUCUCCCUCCAUCUUCUCCAUGGACUCUAGACCCUAACAAUCCUAAACCCUUAUGGGACCCUAAUUCCGACGAAAAUGUCACUUUCCCUAAUUACGAAGAACAACACAACAACCUUUCAUCCAAAUUUCGUAACCACCAGAUCACUGACAAGUCCGCCGCUGCUCUCAUGCUUCUCAUGCCUACUGCCGCCGAUUCCGGACUUCUCCACAUGCCUGCUGACUUUGACUCCUCUCAAAACGAUGUCGUUAACGCUUCCUCCCUUUUACAGGCUGGUGACGGUUCCGUUCAAGCUCUCUUCAACGGUUUUUCCGGAUCUCUCCAUGGUGUCGCCGCCAAUCAAACUCAUCAUUUUCAACCUCCUCAGGGACAGAGUUUUGGAGGUGGUUCAGUGAGUGCAACGAACCAAGCUCCGGCCAGCGGUGCUCCGGCUCAGCCAAGGCAGAAAGUCAGGGCUAGGAGAGGUCAAGCAACCGAUCCACACAGCAUUGCUGAGAGAUUGCGGAGGGAAAGAAUUGCUGAGAGAAUGAAAGCAUUGCAAGAACUUGUUCCUAAUGCCAACAAGACAGACAAGGCCUCCAUGCUGGAUGAGAUCAUCGAUUAUGUGAAGUUCCUACAGGUUCAAGUCAAGGUUUUGAGUAUGAGCAGAUUAGGUGGAGCGGCAGCUGUAGCUCCCCUUGUUGCUGAUAUGUCCUCCGAGGGUGUGAGUGACUGCGUCCAAACCAACGGCAGCGGUGGGGUCCACCCCAGAAACCCUAAAACGGCGUCGUCUUCAAACGAAAGCCUCACAAUGACAGAACAUCAGGUUGCAAAGCUAAUGGAAGAAGACAUGGGAUCAGCCAUGCAAUAUUUGCAAGGCAAAGGUCUAUGCCUUAUGCCUAUUUCUCUUGCAACUGCAAUAUCCACCGCCACGUGUCACACUAGGAACCCUUUGAUCAAUGCUGCUAAUAACAAUGUUAACAACGGUAAUGGGAACCAUGUUGUUGCAUCUAACGGUGAUGGGCCAUCCUCUCCUGGAAUGUCCGUUAAUAGCAUUGUCAAAGAUGCUAACUCUGCUUCAAAAUCGUAGACGCUGUUUGGUUGACUUUUGUUAGUCUCAAAGACAAAACAAAAGAGCAUCUAAGAUGUGUGCUGAGCUUGAAAACAAAAAUGACGGGAAUUUCUCAAGUUUAGGAAAAUAAUGCGUUACACGUCUUAUUUACCUAGACUUUAGGAGAUGCUAAUUUUCGUAUUAAUUAAUUUCAAUAUAUUAUUGAUCAAAACCUUAUCAAUUUUCUAGAGUUUUUUGUUUUGUAAUUUUCUUUAGUCUGUGGCCAUGAUUUAGAAUAUUAUGUUAUACUGUUCCUUUGCAUUAAACAUGUUUACAAUUGUAUUUAAUUUCUAUAUAAAAAAAAAAAAUCAAUUGUGAUUUAGAUCAACCAAAAUUUCUUCCAAAAUGUUCUGUUACCCCUAAAA